UACUUCUGCUCUGUAUGCACACCGCAUAACCACCGGCAUAGCUUGAUCGAGAAACAACAAAAACUACAUUACAUCCCCAACGAACAUGCCCAGACGACCACGUCGGCCGCCUCGGGCAGGUGCUCUCGGCGAUCUGCCUCCUCUCAAAAUCCUAUCGCAGAUCGUGAUGCUCCAAGCGGCAUAUUAUGCCAGCGCCGCCGUCAUGAUAAUCUUCACCGCCCUGGUGGCGGGCAAGCGAGUACACCUGGACCUGAUACUGAGCUGGCAGACUAUUCGGGGCGAUACAACUGUUGGAUGGACAUUGGGGCUUGUAUGGAUGCUUAACAGUCUCGUAUCGGUCAUAUAUGUUCUUCUCCUAAUCGCACGAUCGAAACUCGUUCUCGACUUCGUCCUCACACUACACUUUAUCAACCUCCUCGUCACGUCAUUCUACACGCACGCCGUUCCGCGAAACUGGCUAUGGUGGGCCCUUCAAGUUUCCAGCGCAGGCCUAAUGACUUGUCUCGGCAUCUGGAGCUGCCAGUGGCGCGAGCUGCAGCCUAUAAAUCUCGGAAAAGGCGGAGCCGGUUCGGGAUCAUCAACGAAUGCGAAUUCAGCAACAGCUACAACAAUACCGGAUCCAGCGCUGGGUAGCUCCAAAAAGACGGACGAAGGUGUCGGAGUCGAAUAUGGUCGGGGCAAAGGCCGAGGUGGUCGAGAUGGAGGCGGCAAUUAUGAAAUGGUCGGCAUGAGCGAGAGAGGAGACAAUAUUGUCUAAUGACGACCCCUUUUUUAUAUUUUCUUGUUUCGUUCGUUUAUUUCCCCCAUUUUCCCAUUUUACCCUUUUACCCUUUUUUAUAUUUUCUUUUUCUUUUUUUUUUCGUUUCUAAGACUCCAAGACUUUUUACUUCCACGGCAUGAAUUUUGCAGCUCUUACUUUUGGGCGGCGGUGGUGGUGUUUGGAGCAGGCGAGAUUAUAUAUAUCCUUGCAAAGCGAGGCCUGUUCGGUCUGAAAUUUGGAAGUCUGCCCCUUGCCUCCCAGGUCUUUGAUUUUAUUUUCUGGGCCCCCUUGUGUUGGCGCAUUGGGUAUGGUAUCACGGUAUAUCAAUCAUUUUAUAGUGGAAAAAGA